GCGAUCAAUAGUUAUUCCGUAAAAUGAAAUGUAGAGUGUUACAAUGAAUUAUCAAACAUUUUCUACUACAAAUCGCCAAUAAAAAGAUUUCCAAUAUUAUUAUCUAAUUUGAUUGUCAUUCGUCAAACACUAAAAUGAUAACGAUAGAAAUAAUAUUAACUUAUAAAUAGUUCAUUCAAAGUUGAAUUUUAAAAAUAGUUCCCGCGUAACGAAACGUUAUAAAAUUAUCGAUUUUCUUUGUAGUACUCUAAAAUAUGUCUACUGAAUGAACAUUGCGAUUGUGUUACAAAUGGAAAAAGAAAUUAAGUAGUAAUAGUAUAAGUAGUAAUAAUAUAGUAAUAAAACCAUGUGCUGAGGUUCUUGUUGUGUUAAUUCUUUAGUCAUUUCACAUAAAUAUGUAUUGCACUUCCAAAUGUUCAGUGUUCGUAUUUUUGAUUCAACAGUGUUAUGUUUCUCAUGUUUUUGCGUUUCAACAAAACAAAACAGCACACCACAUUCGUCGACUAAACUUUGACGAUGGACAGUUCAAAGCCCAUAAGUCACCUUCAUACAGGUCUUUCCAACCUGUUUCGGUAAAGACGAUUUACCCAAGACGUGAUGAAAAGACAGACUAUGAUAUAACUUCAUACGACACGGAGUAUGGUGGAGUGGUUUCUAAUUUUACGUCUUCCAUUUACGAUGAUAAUCCGCAGCUAUACCCAAACCCUGAGUUUUUGUCUAGGAGUAAUCAAGUAAUAAGCAAAACACCAGAUACGAAACUAGCUGACACCGAAGUAGACCUGCCGGAUGAUUCGUUGGCCGAUGCUGAUCUGAAGGAACACAACAUUAUCGACAGCGUGACCUACCUGUAUGGGUUUAAUAGCUGUCAUGGUGAUAGGCACGAGUGGUUGAUACUGAUCUUCGUAACCAGCGGCAUAGCUGUGCUACUGCUAGUGGGUGCAGUAGCUUGGUUAAUAUGCAGCAGUUACGCCGCGGAGUUCAGGAGAAGCAGUAAGCUGUAUCCAAUCAAUAUCAAUCUGUGUUGUUGUCUCAUUGCCUGCACGCUGAUAUAUAUUCAGGCAGUGAUGGGAGUUUCAUCACCAUCUCAAUGCGAGAGAAUCGCUUUACUUCUACACUACACCCACAUUUCAUGCGCAAUGUGGAUCGUGGCGUUAGCGGCUGCGGUGGCGGAGUACUGCGCCUGUGAUACUCUGCUACCGUUGAAAUAUAAUUAUCUGCUGGCGUAUGGCGUCCCGGCUGUAGUUGUUAUGUUCAACUAUGCUCUAUCAAUGGAGCAUUACGAAAUAAAACAUUACUGCUGGAUGUCCAUAGAAAAAGGUAUGGUGAUGGGCUUCAUGGUACCAGCCAUGAUCCUAAUACUCAUAAACACCGGUAUAAUAAUAUUAGGACUACAAAGCGUCAAUAGAAAACAAGCGGAGAUGUUAACAGCAAAAAUUCAAGAGUUAGUCGACCAUCAUAUAGCAAAUUGGCCGAAAAAUGAGCCCAUAGAUGAUAAAAAUGCGAGUAUAGAUACUCUGGAUAAUAUUUACACGCCUGGCAGUAGUAGAAAAAAUACAGAUAGUUCAGAAACACUAGAUAGAGAGUAUGAAGAUGAAUGUCCCUAUGGCAGUGGAGGGUUGACGAACGAUGCCAAUGUCGAAAAUGGUAAUAUGAAUAUGCCGGUCAAAACGAUACAGGACAAAGGCAUCCUUAACAUGCUGUAUAUGGACAAUAUGUCUUGGAAAUGGAGUUGGAACACAGAAGGGAACGAACUGAAGACAUAUUUGAACCUGUGUUUGGUUUUGGAGCCGUUCUUCUCGAUAAACUGGGUCAUGGGGGUUGUGGCUAUAGAAAACGCUGCGCAUUGGUCCACGCCUACUAUCUACUUGAUACUGGUAGUAUCUAUGUACAUGUAUUUGACGGCGACGAUUUGCACGACACUGCCGAUCGUGCGUCAGAAGAACACGGCGCCGCCAUGUUGCGAGGCGGUGGUUACAGAGCCUACCCUCACAAGGACAAGGACAACAGACAGCAUACCACUCUUGGAUCCGUCGAUACAGCAGCCCAGCGUCACCCCAGCGCCAGCCGACACCAUCAGCACAAUCAGCAUUUAAAAAGUGAAUUGUUAUUGUGAAUUGUUAAUUGACAGCGUACGUCUGUAUGUUGCAUCUUUUUGAGGAAUGCGAGAUUGAAAGGAAUCUGGUUUGAGUGGUCAAAAAUGAUUUGCGGGUGUUUAAGUACUUGUGAGUGCAAAAGGAAUUGUCAAAUAGGUUAAUGUCAGUGUGAAGUUGAAUGGAUUGUGGGAUAAGAACCAGAUUAUAUGUUCCAAAGAUGCCAAAUUGUCAUUGGAUUGUGGAGUUAAAUUAAUAAAUAUAGAUUUCGAAUUUCUAAGUGUAGUCUAAAUGAUUUUUUUGCAAUGGGAUAUUUCGAUUACAGUAGAUUUCUGUAAUGCUCAAAGAUUCGCUAAAAGAUGAUGUGAUAAUUGCGAUUUUUUUUUACUGACAACAUUAAUUUGCUAGAAAAUUUCCACCAUAAACAAUAUUCACUCGAAUUUGAAUUCCAUUUUCAAAAUAAGUGCUAUUGAGAUGUUUAUUUAAAUUGCUCUAGAUUUUUUACGUGGCGAAGAUAAUAAUUUUAUCACUACAACUAAUAUACAAGUAUUGACUGCCUCGGUGGCGUAGUUUCUAUUGCACACGGUACGAUUAUAACUACCCCGCUGAAGUCCUGGUUUCACAUCCCGGGUCGAGCCAAAUUAAUUGUUAUUUUUCAAUCUUAAAAAAAUACUCAGUCGCUCGAAGUCAGGAAGUUGGCGGUGUGAUGCCCCGUGCCUCAGAAAGCACGUAAAGCCGUAGGUCCUACGCCUGAUCUCUCUCCGGGCAUAUCGGAUUUCCGUUUCACUGGACAAUGAGAGUGGAGGAACAGAGAGUGCAUAAUAAUAUCUCCUGUGUAAAAUUUUCAUUUUAAAAUCAACACUGUGGGUCUGAGUUAAUAACCCAGUGCGGGUUCAGAGACAACAGGUUCGAUAAUUGCACUGAGUCAAAUAGUUGAUGUAGAUCGUUUUUUGGAUGGAUCUUUGGUAUUCAAUAAGAUUUGUUUGGUCUCAGGACUACAAGUGUGGUUGCCGAUGUUUUAAAUUAAUAAGAUAUAGAUCCGAAUAAAUAUCAUUGUCUUUCUCUUAUGUACUUAGGUAUAAGAUCAAAUGAGUUAUAAGAACUCAGCAGGAUUUGACUAGUUAUAACAUUGGAUUAUAGAUAAAAUAUGAAGGUAAAUGAAUAUCUAUGGAAAA